AUGGCGAUCUCGGUCACGAACAAUGACGGACCUAUCGACCUGCCGCCUCCAGUCGACUCGGCGCAGCUUCCACCUUCGAACGACGACGACAUCGAGCUAGUGAUCGCUACGUUCUCUGAGCAUAUGCAGACCUCUCGGCUCAACGGGAACGAAUGGAGAGGUCCUUUGACGAUCGAGCAGUAUCUGAAAAGAGAGAAGCAUCUCCUAGCACAAGAUCUCACCAAAGAUGGAAAAGAGGUAGCAUGGCUGCUGACAUCGUCCCGUCUGCCGCUCGAUCAGGAUGGCAACAGGUCGAUUCUAGCAUCGUGUGAAACGAUACCAAUGCAGGCUUACUGUGCACAAAACGGAAAGUUGAAAGAAGUCCUCAUUCAUGGCAUUGGAUCGGUCUUCACCCGUUCUGAGCACAGAGGCAAGUCGUACGCGUCACGCAUGAUGACCGAGCUUGGAAAGAAGCUCGAGACAUUCCAGCAGCACAACGGCGACCGGAGCCCAUUUUCCGUCCUCUACUCCGACAUUGGCCAGAAGUUCUACUCUCGAUUCGGUUGGCAGGCUUUCGCUUCGACACACAUUCACCUUGCAGCGAUGACCGAUGGCGACUAUCAACACUUUAGCAAAGACCUACCUGCCGUUACCGACUUGAUGGCGGACGAUCUUUCCUCCAUUCCUGCGACCGACUAUCUGAAAGAUGACCUCAUCUCCGUUUCCAGGUCCAAUCCUGCAAGACUAUCGUCGCUGUGGCGCCUGAUUUGCCCCAUUUCGGGUGGCACCAUGCACGAGAGAACUUUGUCUCAAAGGCCUUGGGCCGACCUCUGCCCAAAGUGA